GUAUUUUUCUUCAUCCUCCGCCGUAUGAUCAUGAUCCGACGAUCUAACGGACGUCUUCCAUCGCCUCUUCCAGAUGACUGAGUUCCGGUCGACGGCGACUUCCUCCACCGCCGCCGCCGCUGCCCAAAGCAACUCCGUAUCAGAUCCCCACUCCAGCGAAGCCCCGCCUCAGGAGCGCUCCCCCGGAGGAAAUGGAGGAUCCGACCGGAAGCCUCGCCGCCCACAGCGGAACGUCGGUGCCGACAUCCGGUCGAGGGACGCGACGUCGGCUGAGGGGGCCAAACCCGAGCGGAAGCACCGGACCGCCACGGCGUCAGCCGCCGAAAGCGCUGAGGAUGCUGCGGUCGUCCCCAGGAAUCCGCAACGCCGCAAGCCCAAGGGGGGUCCCUCCUCCUCCUCCUCCUCCUCGGUCUCCCAGAACGGCGGGUCGACGCGGUCGAAGGCGGCCCGAUCUGCCGAAUCCAGAUCCGAUGCAGCGAAGGCGGCGAUAGAGGAGGGCGAAGGAGAAGGAGGAGAAGAGCAAUAAGGCUUCGAGCGCCCUUUCGACGGUAUUAAGAAGAA